GGGAAGUCGAGCAGUUCUGGCGCGAGUUGAUGAUGUCAUCCGAAAGAGGCGGAGGCAAGAAGAGCAAGCGAAGGGACGGGGGAGUAUCCUGAUUGCCAACCAACUGGAGAUGUUGGGGGUUGCAUUCCCACCUUUCUGAAGUGCCUGAAAAUUUUUCUCCUAGACUAUCACUCUUGCCUGACUAAAUCACUAUCACCAUGGGGGAAAGGAAAGGAGUCAACAAGUAUUACCCACCUGAUUUUGAUCCAGCCAAGCAUGGCUCCCUUAACAAAUAUCGCAAUAGCCAUCCGUUGCGGGAAAGAGCUCGUAAACUGUCCCAGGGUAUCCUCAUCAUCAGAUUUGAGAUGCCCUAUAAUAUUUGGUGUGAUGGCUGCCAGAAUCACAUUGGGAUGGGUGUUCGCUAUAAUGCAGAGAAGAAGAAGGUCGGUAAUUAUUACACCACUCCUAUUUUCAGGUUCCGUAUGAAGUGCCACCUUUGCCCCAACUACAUUGAGAUGCAGACUGAUCCUGCCAGCUGUGACUAUGUCAUUGUCAGUGGUGCCCGGCGCAAGGAAGAGCGCUGGGAUGCUGAAGCCAGUGAACAAGUAAUGGCCACAGCCCACGAGGAAAAGCAGAAGCUGGAGACAGAUCCUAUGUACCGAUUGGAGCACGGCACACAGGAUCAGAGCAAGCUUCAGCGAGCCCUCCCUACGCUCCAGAAUAUCCAAGAGGCUCAAAGUGCCUGGAAGGAUGAUUUCGCGCUCAACAGCCGCCUUCGGCGGAAGUUCAGGGAAGAGAAGAAAGUUCUCCAAGAAGAAGAGAAAAAAGACCUUGCUUUGCAGGCAAGAGCAAACUUAAGUAUUCCACUUGUACAGGAAGCUGAAGAAGAUCGGCAUCUGGCAGCUCUCCUCAAGUACCAGAGCCUUGAUUCCUACGAAGACAGACAGAAACAAAAACGCAAUGAGAUUGUAGAUCGCCCGUGGUUCUCAAGUUCCAAGACCAAUGACACCCUGAAAAAGUUGGCAUUUGUUGGGAGAUCACCCUCUAGCAAGUCCCUUGUACCUCUGAACAGCCUCGGUGUCGUGUGUCGGAAAUCCAGGGAUGCCAAGCAAACUCCCAGCGAAGGGGAGAGCAACGCCUCGGAUGCCCCGGCACAAGUCAACAGGCAGGACAGCGGAGCGAGUGAAAUGCCCUUCGACUCUCCCGCGAGGCCUUCAGGAGGCUCCCAAAAAGCGGAGAGGAGCCCCCCCUCUACUUUUGCUGCUUCUCUUGUUGCAGAUUAUUCAGAUUCUGCAUCUGGUUCAGAUGCUGAACUUUGAACCGAGUUUAUGGAUAUAGAGAGAGAAAAUAUGGCCGGAAAUGAUGUGCAAAUCAAUGUCUUUUUUUCCCCCCCUCCAAACAACAAAAGUACUCUUUGCAGUUGGUACAUGAAGCAGUUGGAAUAUGUGAAUAGAAGUGUAUGCGAGUCUGUGUGUGUGCGUUUGUGUGAGUGUGAGAGAGAGGGGGGGGGGGGAGAGCAUUCCAUGGCCAACUACCUUUUGCUGUUUUUUUCUUACAUCGUCUGCACUUGUUCCCCAAUUCUUUAAACAUCAGCCCAUUGUUUGGUCCCAAGUGUCAUAAAAUAAACAAUGCUAUCUCCUUA